GGCGGCGGCGCUGGCGCCUGCGCGCUGGCCUCAACAUCCGGGCACUGGGGCAGGAUGAAUGCUCCUUUCCAAGAUGGCGGCGGAGGGAGGAGGGAAGGAGAUGAACGAGAUUAAGACCCAGUUUACCACCCGCGAGGGGCUGUACAAGCUGCUGAGCCACUCGGAGUACAGCCGGCCCAACAGGGUGCCCUUCAACUCGCAGGGCUCCAACCCCGUCCGCGUCUCCUUCGUCAACGUCAACGACCAGAGCGGCAACGGCGACCGGCUCUGCUUCAAUGUGGGCCGGGAGCUCUACUUCUACAUCUACAAGGGGGUCCGCAAGGCUGCUGACUUGAGUAAACCAAUAGAUAAAAGGAUAUACAAAGGAACACAACCAACGUGUCAUGACUUCAAUCAUUUAACAGCCACGGCAGAAAGUGUUUCUCUACUAGUUGGCUUCUCUGCAGGCCAGGUGCAACUUAUAGAUCCUAUUAAAAAAGAAACUAGCAAAUUAUUUAAUGAGGAAAGACUAAUAGACAAGUCCAGAGUGACUUGUGUAAAAUGGGUUCCUGGUUCAGAAAGCCUCUUCCUAGUAGCUCAUUCCAGUGGCAAUAUGUACUUGUAUAAUGUGGAGCACAAUUGUGGUACCACAGCCCCACACUAUCAGCUGCUUAAACAAGGAGAAAGUUUUGCAGUCCAUACAUGCAAGAGCAAAUCUACACGAAACCCUUUGCUUAAAUGGACAGUAGGUGAGGGGGCCCUGAACGAAUUUGCUUUUUCCCCAGAUGGGAAAUUCUUGGCAUGUGUAAGCCAGGAUGGCUUUCUUCGUGUAUUUAACUUUGAUUCUGUGGAGUUGCACGGUACAAUGAAAAGCUACUUUGGAGGGCUGCUGUGCGCAUGUUGGAGCCCCGAUGGCAAAUACAUCGUAACAGGAGGAGAAGAUGACUUAGUGACUGUCUGGUCUUUUGUGGACUGCCGAGUGAUAGCUAGAGGCCACGGACACAAAUCCUGGGUCAGCGUCGUGGCCUUCGAUCCGUAUACCACUAGCGUAGAAGAAAGCGAUCCAAUGGAAUUUAGUGGCAGCGACGAGGACUUCCAAGACCUUCUUCAUUUUGGAAGGGAUCGAGCAAACAGCACGCAGUCUAGGCUAUCUAAAAGGAACUCUACGGACAGUCGUCCAGUAAGUGUAACAUACAGGUUUGGUUCAGUGGGCCAGGACACGCAGCUAUGCUUAUGGGACCUAACAGAAGAUAUCCUCUUCCCACACCAACCCCUCUCGAGAGCAAGGACACACACAAAUGUCAUGAAUGCAACCAGCCCACCUGCAGGAAGCGGUGGAGCUAAUCCAGGCAGUAAUGGAAACAGCAUCACAACACCUGGGAACUCUGUGCCCCCUCCUCUUCCACGGUCCAAUAGCCUUCCACAUUCUGCCGUCUCCAAUUCUGGCAGUAAAAGCAGUGUCAUGGACGGCGCCAUUGCCUCUGGCGUUAGUAAGUUUGCAACCUUAUCACUACAUGAUCGGAAGGAGAGGCACCAUGAAAAAGACCACAAGCGAAACCAUAGUAUGGGACAUAUAUCUAGUAAGAGCAGUGACAAACUGAACCUAGUUACUAAAACCAAAACAGACCCAGCAAAAACUUUGGGAACGCCCCUGUGUCCCAGAAUGGAGGAAGUUCCUUUGUUAGAGCCUCUUAUCUGUAAAAAGAUAGCACACGAAAGACUGACUGUGUUAAUUUUUCUUGAAGACUGUAUAGUCACUGCUUGUCAGGAGGGAUUUAUUUGCACAUGGGCAAGGCCUGGUAAAGUGGGUUUAUUGCCAUCCCAAAACCAGGCCAAUUCUCCAAGUGGAACUGUAGUAUAGCCAUCACAUUUCUGCUAGCAAAUCUUUGAACACAGAACAAGAAGUAAUGGCAAUGGAACCAGGAGCUGCUGUUCAGCCAGGGAGCACCACAAAUUCUUAAAGGCAGUGUAAACUUGGAGUUAUGUGAAUCACAUAGUGUUUUACAAAAAUAAUAAUGUAAUGAAUUCUUUUUACAGCUAAUAUUUAGGCUGAUGGCCGAAAGAAGGAUUUUGCUAAAAAAAAUACUUCUUUUGGUGUUGCAGUUAAAAAUAGUAUAACUUUUCCAGUUUCUCUGUAAAACAAAAUGUUUGUUAAAUCUGAAUAAGUUUAAUGGUUAUAUAAAUUAGAACUUCAUUGUUGGGUUUUUUUGCACUGAUUUUUUUUUAAUCCAGCAAUGGUUAGUCUAGAAUGCUCUCAUGGGAAAUGAAAGUCAUUACUUUCCGGCUUCAUAAAUGUAAUUCAGGAAGAUGGAUGCUGCAAUCAUAGAGGUUCCCCCCUCCCCCCCCAAAAAAAAGAUUGUUUGCACUUAAAUAGCUUAAUGCUAGUAGAAAAUUACUUUUAAAUGGGUGUUUGGACACCCUCUAAAGCUAUGUUAUGGGGAAAGAGAUCCUUUGUAUCUAUUAAACGUUUUAUUUUAAUAAUGUUUUGAGCUACAAUCAAUCUGUAUUAUAUGUGUAAAUAAUGUAAUUCAGUGAUUGGGGGAGAAGUGAGUCAUUACACUAGUAAUUUUCAUUUAGGAAAGUGAUAUUUCUAAUUCAGAAAAUACAUAUUAAACUAUCUUGAAUAUGCA